AGUCAUCUGGUUUGCUAACCCACUCCGCUCCAAAGCGCUUUGAGCACCCAUUAACGACAUGCUGACUUCUUCAAACCAACAAGAGUUUCCUCGGCAGCAACCCAAAUGCGUGCCCUUACCUCCUGGUACUCGAUUAAAAGUGGAACAAGCUCAGGUGUAUAAUCUUCGAGGUUUGGGUCAUCUUUAUGCAGAAGGUGGAGGGAAUAGGGUCUCAGAUGCAUCAAGCGCAAUUGCAGACUUUACCCGAGCCAUUUUUCUGAAUCCAGACGAGCCUAGCUAUUAUUGGCAUCGAGCGGAAGCAUAUUUGGCAAUCGUUGACUUUGAAUCCGCAAUUGCAAAUCUGAAGCAGCAUGCACUGAUUGUAAAUGAGCUACGGGCAGAUGCAUUGCGGGUGGGCGGAUGGGUACCUCCAAGCGCUGAAAGGAAGCCGGAGCAGUCAACAGUGGGAGGGUCGAUCUACGUGUCGAAGAAGCGAUUAGGUCUGGUAGCAUAUACAUGGGGCCAAUGUCUAUUAGACCAACGUCGUUUUAAGGAGGCUAUGAGAAUGUUUCAGCUCGCUGGUUCAUUAGAGUUCCAAAUUUCAAGCGUGCUACUACGGUGCGUCUUUGUUCACAUUGGCCUAGGAGAAUUUGACGACGCCCUCGAGACUCUUUAUAAACUCACCAAACUGGAUGCCUCAAACAUUGAACUCUACAUUCUGAGAGCAAAGAUUUACAAACAUCUGGGAAACGUGGACUUUGCCAACAUUGAUUUACAAGCGGCCGACGAGAUUGACCGAGAUCACCCUGAACUGCCCGAGCUCCGUGAAUACGCCAUGACUACCGCGGUAGGCCUGAAAAAUAAGGCUUCCGAGCGCAUUCUGGCGGGAGAGCCUACGGUUGCAAUUCAUUACCUUAAUACUGUGAUCGAACUCGACAAAGCCGAUUGGUCAUCCUACUUCAAACGAGGUAUACUUCUAGCAGAAAUUGGGCAGUAUGAUGGCGCCAUUCAAGAUUUACAGAAGGUUUUGGAGAUAUCCGAUCGUGAUACAACCCGGGAUCCGGAAGUGAAGGAGCGAAUUGCCAGCGUAUACAAUAAAGCCGGUAUUCAAGCAUAUCAGGAGGGAGAUCUUGUUCGUGCGCUUUCGGAGUUCAGCAUAGGAUUGGAUCACCACAAUUCAGACCCAGUACUCUGGAAAAACAGGGCUGAUUGCUACUUGGCAACUGGUAACAUCUCAAAAAGUUUGGAAGACCUGAUGAAGGCAGUGGAGAUUGACCCGCAGGACGUGGCAUGCCGUCAGCGAUGUGGCCUUUUAUGGUCCGCCGUUGCUGAUAAGAUUUUUUCUACCGGGGAUUGGGCUCAAUCUGCACGGAUGUGGACUGCGGCCAUUCAAUAUGAUCCUGCAUGCGCCGAACUUUUCUUCAAGCGGGCACGAGCAUACCAUCUUUCGCAGAAAAUAGAUGAGGCUCGAGAAGACCUCGAAGAAGCGUUACGCUUGGAUCCGUCCAGUAUCGAAAUAUCUGCAUUGCUCUCCCAACUUACGGUCGGCCCACCCCUUGAUAAUCUAGGUCCGUUCCCUCCACAGCGAACACGUCGUGCACAAGUGCCUUACGCCAACCAGCCAGCGAAGGAGCCUGGACUGAUCGGAAAAUCCAUCAUGGCACCUGUCCAGCAACCUCCACCUACUGCUGCUCCUAAUAUGCUACCGCAUAUUCGUAUUCCUGAUCUAUUGGUGUCAAUAUCCAGCUUGGUAACCAACUCAACUGGAAAUCUCUCAUUUGGAGAGGGAUCAACUGGCAAAAAGAAGCUAGAUGCAAAGAAGGUCGUGGCAGAGAGUCAAUCGCAUAUCCUCUCCCUUCCACCUGUCUCCCUUCCGAAGCUUUCUGUGGAAGAAGGCGGUCCAACUGGCAGUACAGAUCGUAAAGCCUUUGCCCCUUCGCGGGAUCUUACCCAUGGAGCCAAAGCAUCACCAUUCCCCUUGUCGAACAAGGACGUGCAAUCGGCUGGAACGAUCGACAAAGUGGACAAGACCACUAAUAAAAGUAUAACCUCGCAGAAGCCGAGUCUUCAUCACAUAUCUCUGCAACUUGAUCUCCAAUAAUGAUGUGUCCAGUAUUGGCUCGUAGUAGGAUGUAACCACAGGUUUAUUCUAUACAUAAAUGUGCUUUCUAUAUACACAA